AUGACUAGCAGUGCUUCACGAUUAAGAAAAUUAGAUAAAUCAAUAAUUGAACAAUCUAACUUAUUAGAUGAAGAUGAUCAAACAGAAUAUAUUAAUCAACUAAAUACAUACAAUCAAACUACAUACAUUACUUAUAUAAAUUAUUUAUCAUAUUUAUACAUUUUAGAAAUUGUUCUAAUAUUACUUUUAGUUAUAACAGCAUCAAAAUUAAUUAAUAUUCUACUAUUAUUAAGUGUUACAUUAUCAUAUAUAUUAUUGAAGCUUAAGACAGAUUAUGAUAGAAUUGUGCAGAAUGUCAAUUAUGUUAUGGUUUUACAAUUAGGUAUUUUAGGAGUCGCAAGGCAUGAAUUUUUAUAUUUGGUUCUUCCAGUAUUCAAUAUAACUGCUCCUUGGGUUUAUAAGUAUUGGAAUAAUGAUUUUGCUGAUCAGGUUGAUCAAUUGAAUAGGUUAAAAUACAAAUAUAAGAAUGUAUAG